AUGGCUUUUUAUAAGAAGCCAGAUGAAGAUGAAAGCCUGAACGAGAAGGAUCCGGAAGGAAUAAAGAGGGGCGAAUAUCGCAAGAUGGGUAUUUAUGAUUUCGUCCGUCGGGACAUCGAAAGAUAUCAUGCGCACCCAGAGGAAGCUAUUGUUUCCCCGGAACUGCUCAAGUCAAAAGAGUUAAAACCGCCCCCAGAAUUCGUUCGCAAUGUUUGGGGGUCUGCUGCUGGCGUUGGUAGCGGUGACUUCCACAUAUACCGUGGAAUCCGUCGUCGCGAGUAUGCGCGUCUGGAGUACAUUGAGAAGACAGCUGAAGAAGAGAAACUCAACAAAGAAUUUCAGGAAAGACAGCGCAUGCUUGAUGAGACAGCUGAGGCCAAGACAGCGAAAAAGCGACUGAAACGACAGAAAAAGAAGGCGAAACGAAUCGCAAAGUCUGGACAACUGAAGAAUACGGACAGUGAAUCGGGCUAG